AUGCUGUGGGGUGCAGGCAGCCCCCUGGCCUGGCUCUCCACUGGCCCAGACAACAUGAAUGUGAGCAGCAUGGGCUCAGCAGAGGGGGCCACAGGCCCAGCUGCACCGCUGCCCUCACCCAAGGCUUGGGAUGUGGUGCUGUGCAUCUCAGGCACCCUGGUGUCCUGCGAGAACGCGCUGGUGGUGGCCAUCAUUGUGGGCACUCCUGCCUUCCGUGCCCCUAUGUUCCUGCUAGUGGGCAGCCUGGCCGUUGCAGACUUGCUGGCAGGCCUGGGCCUGGUCCUGCACUUUGCUGCUGUCUUCUGCAUUGGCUCGGCAGAGAUGAGCCUGGUGCUCGUUGGUGUCCUGGCGAUGGCCUUUACAGCCAGCAUUGGCAGCCUACUGGCCAUCACUGUAGAUCGCUACCUUUCUCUGUACAAUGCCCUUACCUACUACUCAGAGACAACGGUGAUGCGGACCUAUGUGAUGCUGGCCCUAGUGUGGGGGGGCGCGCUGGGACUGGGGCUGCUGCCUGUGCUGGCUUGGAACUGCUUGGACUCCCGGGCCACGUGUGGCGUGGUAUCUCCACUCUCCAAGAACCAUCUGGUGGUCCUGGCUGUUGCCUUCUUCAUGGUGUUUGGCAUCAUGCUGCAACUCUACGCCCAGAUCUGCCGCAUCGUCUGCCGCCAUGCCCAGCAGAUUGCCCUCCAGCGGCACCUUCUGCCCGCCUCCCACUAUGUGGCCACCCGAAAGGGCAUUGCCACACUGGCUGUGGUGCUUGGCGCCUUUGCUGCCUGCUGGCUGCCCUUCACCGUCUACUGCCUGCUGGGCGAUGCCCAAUCCCCACCCCUCUACACCUAUCUUACCUUGCUCCCUGCCACCUACAACUCCAUGAUCAACCCCAUCAUCUACGCCUUCCGCAACCAGGAUGUGCAGAAGGUGCUGUGGGCCAUCUGUUGCUGCUGUUCCUCUUCCAAGAUCCCCUUCCGAUCUCGUUCUCCCAGUGAUGUCUAG